GAGAGGGGUGGAGGGGGCGGCGGAGGGAAUGACUGAGUCGUACUAGAGGAUUCAAAUUGAAGUUACUUUCCGUCUGUCUGUCACGAUUGUAAUGUGACCUGUAGUGCAGCGAAGAGACGUGUGUGCGACUGAUCGCCAAGGCAAGCCGAGCAACAGGGCACGAAGCAGGAUACGACGAACUGUAAGAGCCGAGUGAACGGGGGAGCAAUGCUGGCACCGUACACCGCAACGCGGAAAAUAUUGAGAGGGAGAAUGCGAGCUGCUAGGAGAGACUGAAUUUUGCUAAACAUAAAACGGACACAAUGUAGCACCGCUGCGGCAUUCCGUAAAGCUACCAGGAUAGAAGAGAAUAGAUGGACAGUUAACUAGCAAGUUAAAUACAUGCAGAGUUACACACCAUAACAGGUCUCGCCGAGUGAAACAAAAGGACCCGCAAGCGUCUUCAUAUCAAAGAAGCCAAGGAAAACUGCGAUAUGCUGCGAAGGAGACUUAACCGUUUGUUUGGAGGGGACGAGAGGAGGGUGGACAGCAGGACCAUCUACGUGGGACACCGGCCCUGUCCCGGCUCAGAGGCCUUCAUCCCGCCCAAAUUCUGCGACAACAGGAUCGUGUCUUCCAAGUACACCGUUUGGAACUUCCUGCCAAAGAACCUAUUUGAGCAGUUCAGAAGAAUCGCCAACUUCUACUUCCUGAUCAUAUUUCUGGUGCAGGUGAUAGUAGACACACCUACCAGCCCCGUCACCAGCGGCCUGCCCUUGUUUUUCGUCAUCACAGUGACAGCCAUCAAGCAGGGCUACGAGGACUGGCUUCGGCACAAAGCAGACAACGAGGUGAACAAGUACCUGGUGACGUUGCUGGAGAACGGCCAGAGGACGCGCAAGGAGAGCGAGAAGAUCAAGGUGGGUGACGUCGUGGAGGUGGUGGAGGACGAGACCUUCCCCUGCGACCUGAUCCUGCUGCGGUCCAGCCGUGAUGAUGACACCUGCUUCGUCACCACGGCCAGCCUGGACGGGGAGUCCAACCACAAGACUCACUACACAGUGCCCGACACCGAGAGGGAUCUGGAGCUGCUCAACGCAACCAUCGAGUGUGAACAGCCCCAGCCUGACCUCUACAAGUUCGUCGGCCGAAUGCACAUCUACAGGGACGACCAGGAGCCCGUCGUGCGGUCUUUGGGUCCAGAGAACUUGCUUUUGAAAGGAGCUACCUUGAAAAACACCAAGAAGAUCUACGGUGUGGCAGUGUACACCGGCAUGGAGACCAAGAUGGCCCUGAACUACCAGGGCAAGUCCCAGAAGCGCUCAGUGGUGGAGAAGUCGAUCAACGCCUUCCUCCUGGUGUACCUGUGUAUCCUGGUCAGCAAGGCGCUGGUGUGCACGACACUCAAGUACGUGUGGCAGAGCAAACCUGGCCAGGAUGAACCCUGGUACAACCACAAGACCCAGAAGGAGAAGGACACCUACCUGUACCUGAAGAUGUUUACAGACUUCCUGUCCUUCAUGGUGCUCUUCAACUUCAUCAUCCCCGUUUCCAUGUACGUCACCGUGGAGAUGCAGAAGUUCCUGGGCUCCUUCUUCAUCACCUGGGACAAGGACUUCUUCGACCCGGAGAUCCAGGAGGGGGCACUGGUCAACACGUCUGACCUCAACGAGGAACUGGGCCAGGUGGAGUAUGUGUUCACGGACAAGACCGGCACUCUUACUCAGAACAACAUGGAGUUCAUUGAGUGCUGCAUCGAUGGCUUCCAGUACAAGUACCGGGACUCCCGGACCGAGCUGGACGGGUUCUGUGUCACUGACGGGCCAGUCAGCAAGCUGCAGCAGAAGGCAGGCAGGGAGAAGGAGGAGCUCUUCCUGCGAGCGCUGUGCUUGUGUCACACGGUGCAGGUGAAGGAGGCGGGGCCUGGGGACGGGGGCGCCGACCUGGUGGACGGGGUGGAUGGGGGCGAUGGGGGCGUCCCGCACGAGGCGGAGCAGCGUGGCUUCAUCGCCUCCUCCCCUGACGAGGUGGCGCUGGUCAAGGGGGCCAUGAAGUAUGGCUUCACUUUCCUGGGGCUGGAGUGUAAACAGAUGAAAAUUCAGAACAGGAAUAACGAUAUUGAGGUGUAUGAGCUGCUUCACGUGUUGAACUUUGACCCCGUGCGGAGGCGCAUGAGCGUGAUUGUCCGAACGAAUACGGGGGAAACGCUGCUGUUUUGCAAGGGGGCGGACUCCUCCAUCUUCCCCCGCGUCAAGCAGGACGAAGUGGACCGGAUACGCAUGCAUGUGGAGCGCAAUGCUACGGAGGGCUACCGGACGCUGUGCGUGGCCUAUAAGCAGCUGAGUGCUGAGGAGUACGCGCGGGUGGACGCGGAGCUGCAGGAGGCCCGGCUGGCGCUGCAGGACCGGGAGGAGCGGCUCAUGGACGUCUACAACCGGGUGGAGACGGGGAUGAGCCUGAUCGGGGCCACCGCGGUGGAGGACAGGCUGCAGGAGGAGGCGGCCGAGACCAUGGAGGCGCUGCAGGGCGCCGGCAUGAAGGUGUGGGUGCUGACGGGCGACAAGAUGGAGACGGCCAAGUCCACCUGCUACGCCUGCCGCCUCUUCCAGAGGGGCACGGAGCUGCUGGAGCUGACGGUGCGCACCCUGGAGGAGGGAGGCCGCAAGCGCGAGGAGCGCAUGCAUGAGCUGCUGCUGGACUACCACAAGAGGGCGGUGCAGGAUGCCCCGCCCGCCAAGGGCGGAGUCACCAGGCGGUGGUCCUCACCCGCGCAGGAGUACGGCUUCAUCAUAGAUGGUGCCACGCUGUCCCUGGUGCUGAACGCCACACCAGAAGCCAGCGCCAGCCGGUACAAGAGCCUGUUCCUGCAGAUCUGCCAGAACUGCACGGCUGUGCUCUGCUGCCGCAUGGCGCCGCUUCAGAAGGCCCAGAUUGUGAAGAUGGUAAAGAACUCCAAAGGAAACCCCAUUACGCUUUCGAUUGGCGAUGGAGCCAAUGAUGUCAGUAUGAUCCUGGAGGCGCAUGUGGGAAUAGGUAUAAAGGGGAAGGAGGGUCGGCAGGCGGUGCGGAACAGCGACUACGCCAUCCCCAAACUCAAGCACCUGAAGAAGCUGCUGCUGGCCCACGGGCACCUGUACUACGUCCGCAUCGCCCACCUGGUGCAGUACUUCUUCUACAAGAAUCUUUGCUUCAUCUUACCUCAGUUCUUAUACCAGUUUUUCUGUGGAUAUUCACAGCAGCCCCUCUACGAUGCAGCCUAUCUGACGAUGUACAACAUCUGCUUCACCUCUAUGCCCAUCCUGGCCUAUAGCCUCCUGGAGCAGCACAUCUCCAUCGAGAUCCUGCUGGACGAUGCCAAGUUGUACAGGGAGAUAGCGAAGAACGCCAUGCUGAGAUGGGGUCCCUUCUUGUACUGGACACUUCUGGGACUGUUCCAAGGCCUACUCUUCUUUUUUGGGGUGCACUGUCUUUUCAGAAACCCCGCACUACAGGACAAUGGCCAGGUGUUUGGAAAUUGGUCAUACGGAACAAUAGUUUUUACAGUCCUCGUCUUCACUGUCACCCUUAAGCUGGCCCUGGACACACGUCACUGGACCUGGAUCAAUCACUUCGUCAUCUGGGGCUCGCUGGCAUUCUACGUCUUCUUCAGCUUCUUCUGGGGAGGUAUCAUAUGGCCCUUCCUCAAGCACCAGAGGUUGUACUUCGUCUUUGCCAACAUGCUGAGCUCCGUGUCAGCCUGGCUGGUCAUUAUCCUGCUGAUCAUGCUCAGCCUGCUGCCGGACAUCCUGCUGGCCGUCCUCCGCCGGCGCAACAGCCCUCACGCCCGACAGAUGAAGCGCCGCCUUCCUUCCUCUGGGACCUCCACUAUCUUCAUGCUGUCGCAGACCACAAGCACUCACAGCUUUUCCUGGAGUGACUGAGGUCUCUCUGCCUGCUCCUCUCUCCUUUCCUCCACCUUCUCAAUAGGUUGCCAGAUUGUCCACACCGUGUCUUGCUUGCACGUUUUCACGACUCACUAUCCCCAACCCUCCCAUCACCCCUGCCCACUCUACCCCUUUCUACCCUACCUCACAUGGUGACUCAAAGGCAGCAUCCCUCCAAAGGCAGGCUGGAAUCCCAGAAUCCCAGAAUGCCAGAACCCCAUGCAUAUGUGUCACAGUUUUGGCCAUUUGUCUCAGUGACAUAACAAGGGAUGCUGGCUCUGAAGCCACGUCGCUCCUGAUAGAGUUAAUCUUUCAUCACGUGGAGCAGUCAUCCUGGUCAUUUCGAGUGCAGCGGGCCUGAAGUCCUGUGAGGCCCGUUGCUGUCUGCAUGAGAGACCUGUUUUUUUUUUUUUUUUUUUGUGAAUGUGGUUUCCUUAUGAAACUGUGUGCCGGUUCGCCGUCUCCGGUGUGUGUGUGUGUGUGUCAGGCCCCUGCAGAGCGGCGUCACCCUGUCUGCCUGCACCCGUGCCCGCUGUCUCUGCAUGCCACCCGGGGGAAUGCAGCACGCAAAGGCACUGAGGGCCGUGCGAAGGCCAGGCUUCCCCGCAUGCGUGCCUCAGACUCCGCUGCGACUCC